CUCUCUCACUCACUUCCCUUUCCACUGCGGCACGCGUCUCAUCAACGGCAAUAGUGAUUUUCGAUGAAUAUCUCACACUCUCAGUUUUCUUUGGACUGUCUACACUUUUAAUCCCACGUGUUCAGUUUUAUCCAGCGUUUUAGUGCCUCUCUGGAAGCCGUUGUGCGUUUAAUAAUUAAAUAUAAUUUUUUUUAAUUCACGAUGCACACAAGGCGUAGUGGCAGUAGAAAAUCCAAGGGAGAACCAUCUUCAAACCAGGAUGGUUCACCGUCCAUCAACCCCAAUGGAAUUCCACAACCACCACAAUUUUCGCCGCAACAGCAGCCACCACCACAAACUCCGCUACAUCAGGCACCAGCACAAUUUUCGCCGCAACAGCAGCCACCACCACAAACUCCGCUAAAUCAGGCACCAGCACAGAUUCCGCUGCAACAGCAACCGUCACAGUUUCCACCGCAACAACCGUCACAGUUUCCACCGCAACAGCAACCGUCACACUUUUCACCGCCACAGCAACCGUCACAGUUUUCACUGCAACAGCAAUCGUUGCAGUAUGCAGUGCAACAGCAAGCGUCACAGUUUCCUCCGCAACAGGAACCAUCACAGUUGCAACUGUCACAGUUUCUACCGCCACAGCAACAAUCGCACUUUCCUCCACCACAGCAACCAUCGCAAUUUCCACCGCAACAGUCACAGUUUUCACCGCAACAGCAACCGUUACAGUUUCCACUGCACCAGCAACCGUUGCAGUAUGCAGUACAAAAGCAACCAUCGCACUUUCCGUUGCAACAGGAUGCGACACAGAUUCCACUGCAACAGCAACCGUUACAGUAUCCAAUGCAACAGCAGUCGUCGCACUUAUCAAAAUAUCAGCAAACGUCGCAACAAAUGCCACAUAGAAAGUUCGAGAGAUUGGAGAGAAGAAUGAAUGACCUGGACAAGGAAAUGAAUAUAGUAAAAUUAAACCUACGUAAUUUAGAGAGAGAAAGAGAUAGAGAUAGAGAACGUGAAAGAGAAAGGGAAAGAGAACGUGAGAGGGAAAGAGAAAUGCAAAUAACCAGGGAAACCGAACGGCAGAGGGACAGGAGUAAAAAUGCGCGAAGUCAAUAUUAGUUAAGCAACCAUAUGUAUGUGUAUAUAGGGGCAGACCACUUUUCGCCGCCAACUCAUCCCCGUGUACCUGCUCAGCGGCAAAUUUUCGUCCCCGUAUGUUCCCCCACUACCGGCCGUACUGUACCCCUCCGUUCAGUCAGACCGCA